UAAUAGGGUCAAUACAGUUUGUAUCAUUAAUAGUAAUCCGUGAUAGCGAUGAAAUUUGAGUUUCACGCGAGCCGAAUCAUUCCGAAAGUGCACGAAUUCCGACGAAUGCCGGCUGAUCAUCACUUGGUUAUUUUUACCGCGUACGCGUAGCGAGCGUACACAUGCGAGAAGAUGUUCCCUUGGAUCGGUUUCUUGGAUCAUCUCUCCUUCGCGAUAAGUGAUAGAUAAAAAAAGAAAGUGUGCAAGAGUGAAUCGAUAAAUCUCGUGGUAUUUAUAAAUCUUUAUUAUCCAUUCAUCCGAGGACAAAGUAUAUUUUCUUCGAAGAAUUUAAAUCAAGGAGGUGAAUCGAAGAAGUAUCCUCGAAAAUUUAAAUUACGCGGCACACGUGGACGCACUCGGAUCUCAUUGAAAUGAACGAAAUGACGACGUCAUUUGUUUCUCUCUCUUCGUGCUAACGUCGACUCUCUCGUUAAGGAAUAUCGGGAAGGUAUUUGGAGAAGGAUAACGCAUAAUGUAUGGGACGAUUAUUGCGAUCGAAAACGUCGAAACGGCGAAACAACGAGGACACAAGGGGAGAGAGAGAGAGACCGAUCAUAUGGUCUAAUUUUAAUGCGAGUUGUUUUACCUUAGUGACCUAAAAAUAUCGGUGAAAUUCGAUUAGCCUAGAGCCUGCCGCCUUCCGUUGCCUGCGGCAUGCGAGGAGCAUCUAGCUAAGUAUUUUUAGGAAAAACUCUUCCAACAUUUUCACGAACGAACUCGUUUUACAUUGGAUAUACGUAUAUUAGUUGGCUCAUCCUUUUGCUUUUAUAGCCAACAUAGUAUUGAUGACUAUCAAAGAGAAUACAAUUUUCUCUAUUCGAUCGUACGAAAUGCUUCGAUCGAUCGAUCGCUCUUUUACAAGCUAAUUCGAAAACUUUUUUUUCUUUUAUACCCAAGAGGAAGAUAACGAGUUUUAUGAGAUAAAACAUUAACUUGUCGAAACUUUUCGAAGCAAUACAGGUACGCGUUUAUAUAUGUGCAUAUACAUGCACGCACAUAUAUGUAUAUAUAUAUACAUGUAUAUAUAUAUAUAUAUAUAGAUAUAUAUACAUGUAUUUAUAAAUCAUUUCAAAGAUUUAUGAAUGUAGAAGAAAGUAAUGGGAAGUAGGAUAGAAUCGUUAUCGAGCAUAAUAAACGAGAGAUCAGCGAAGACGGGAGUGUCGUCGUCGUCAUCGUCGUCGUCGUCGUCGUUGUUGUCGUCGUCGUCUUCGUCGUCUUCGUCGUCGUCGUCGUCGUCGUCGUCGUCGUCGUCGUCGUCGUUGUCAUCGUUGUCGUCGUCGUCGUCGUCGUCCUCGUCGUCGUCGUCGUCGUCGUCGUCGUUAGAAGAUAAGACUGUUUGUGGCGAUUUCAUGGGAAGAAAACGUGUACCAACAAAGGUGAAGAAAGAAGAGGCUGACGAGGAAAUUAGGGAAUAUGCAGCAACGGCAAUGAGUGAAUUGUUGGGAUGGUACGGCUAUGAGAAAGUUGACAGUGGUUACACCAGAGGCUUAAAUCUUGAUCACUUUGCACCCGUUGCAACUUCGAAACAUACCUUGCCUGAAAUGGAUCGACAGUUCAUAUUUAAUGGAGCUUCGUCGAGAUCGCCGAUGGCUACUAAUCAUCAAUCGGCCUUUUCUCAUUCUCUACGAACGAAAUUAAUACCUUCCUAUUAUUCUAACGAAAUUUCGAAGAAUCCCGAUAAAGUUUCGGCAACUUCUUCCUUAGAAAUCAAAACUUUACCGUCUACCUCACGAUUACCUUAUCACAACGACUCAACUUCGAGUAGUCCAGAUGAAAUGACGGACGUCGGACACAGAGUAAUAUCCUGUUCUUGGUGCGGACGAAUCGGUGAGACGUGGGAACCAGGAAGAACGAAUCCACUCUCUUGCGGAAUGGUCAAUGCAUUGGGACAAUUUUGUAGCGAAGCAUGCUUUGCUGCUGGUCGAAGGGCCGCUUUCAAGAGAGCUCGUACAUGUGAUUGGUGCAGACACGUACGAAAUCCGAUCAGUUACGUUGAUUUUCAGGAUGGCGAAAGUCAGCUUCAAUUUUGUAGCGACAAGUGCUUGAAUCAAUACAAAAUGAAUAUAUUUUGUCGAGAGACCGAGACUCAUCUUGCCCUCCACGGACUUACCACGAUCCCUUCCCAGAGUGAUUCUGGAAAGGGUGGUGGUGGACUAAUAACACCCGAGCUUUGGCUUCGAAACUGUCAAUCACCUCGUAGUUCGACGGAGGAAAUUCUUAUCGUCGACGACGAGUCGAUUAGUAGACUCUCGCCUUUGUCUCAGAACGUCGAAAUCGAUCGCAAGGAAUCGAUCGAUGUUGCGAAAUCUGAAAAUAUGUCUCUCAAGAUAAUUAGAAGAAAUUCCUUUUGCACGCGAACGGACGUUAAUACAACAUCGAGAGCAUUCGUAAGGAAGACGGAGAACGCAGAUGAGAAGAUGAGCGAGGACGGCGAAAGUAUUCGCGAGACCGUUAAAGAAACAUUGAAAGAUCAAGAAUAUCAAAAGUAUUAUCAUUGCGCAAACGAUCGUAUACAUUGUAGACUUCCUUAUUCAGAUUCGAAUUUGUUAAAUCUUAGCCAAUCGGGAUCGUCUUUCAUAGAUCAUAACAAACAACAUAUAAUAGGAAACCCGAUGGACGGUGGUGAAUUGCACGAUAGGCAUCAGAUCUAUAAAUCUGCUAUGGAACAAAAAACUGAUAUACACGUGAAGAACGUGAAAGGAUUGCGAGGUAGAGAAUCCAGAAGUCGGGAAAAUGUUCGGUACUCUCAACAGAGGAAAUUCCGAAAAUCCUCCCCUUGGAUUCCGGAGACAUCUUCGUCGCCUAUACAAUCAGAGGCAGCGCCUUCGCCUGGCUCCUGUACCGACGAAUCCAGACAACGCAAAUAUCCCUCGGAUCUCAGGAUGUAUACCGACACGCCAUCGGUUCAUCCUGUUCAAUCCCAAUUUUCGGCCCAGGCUCCGUCCACGUCGUUGUUACCUCCCGUAACGAUACUCGUACCUUAUCCUAUACCAAUACCAAUUCCAGUUCCUAUACCUAUACCACUUCCCACAUCGAUCUUUGCCAAAUUUCUAACUGAGAAGAAAGAAACGGACUCCGAUCGAAAGAGUUCUACCUCGGACAAUUUAACGGAUAGCGUUAUCUCUAUGACGGAUCAUACGAGAUCCGUAAAAACCAAUUCCCCGUCUGAGACUCCUCCGGGACCGGACAAGUGUCACUUUACGGUGAUUUCUUCCAAUAGCGACAGUGAACAUUCUACCGUGAUAUCGAGUAAGAACAUAGUUUCGAAAAGUUCUACGAGGUCGUUGAGAAAGAAGAAACGCGUUAAUGAGAAUACGGAAAGUACCGAUCGUCAAUCAACCAAGCGAAGAAGUAAAUUUCUAACGACUUAGGAACUUUGUGCAGCGUUUAGACAUUUUUAUAUUAUUUCGAUUAAAUUGUCAUUAAAGUAACUAUUUUUAAGAUGA